AUGCAUGGCUUUCUCAUUCGAAUGAUAAUAAGCAGUAACAACAAAAUGAAGGAAAAUAUUCCAAACAUUAACGAAAGAGGGAGAACGAAAAGAAAGGGAACAUUUCGAAGCCUAUAUUUUUCAAAAAAAAAAAAUGAUAAACCUAAUGGCCAUAAUAAAAGCAACAUGACCCACAUGUUCACAUCAGACAUUAUUGAUACCACUUCUUUAAAUGAUAAUCAGAAGGAAAUGCUUAACGAAAAAGUAUCUAAAUCCAAUGUAUACGAUUUAGAAAUUGCUAACCUAAGGGUGAAAAACAAAUUUCAAUUUAUAUAUAUUCACGGUGCAGAAAAUAACUCUUCAAUGACAUAUAAUAAUGGAUCUAAUGAAAGAGAUAAUAAUGCCACCUCCAUUGAUGUAAAUCUAAUGCAUAAUACUGCAAAUGACAAUGUUCAUCAAAAUACAAAUUAUAACAUUAAUAAUAUCGCUAGUAAUAAUCACAAUGAUGAUCUAUCAUGCGAGGAUCCCAAUCAUUGUACCACGAUCAUAACGACAGAGAACGAAAACACAAAGGAGGCAAGCAAAAAUACAGAGGCGAGAGAUUCUCCUGUGCAUGUAAAUGCAUACGGAAAAAAUGAAACAAAUCAAGAAAAAUGUUCCAAUGAAACUUCUAAUGAUGAAGAAGUAAACAAUACGAAGUUAUGGAACAUUUGGGAUAAUCUUGAAGAGGUCAGAAACGGUGUUAUAAAUAACGAAUCAAAUUGUCUUAUUCCAAAUGAGGGAAAUUCGAAUGAAAAUGUUAUGAAUGAAAAUGCUACGAAUGAGAAUGUUACGAAUGAGAAUGCUACGAAUGAGAAUGCUACGAAUGAGAAUGCUACGAAUGAGAAUGCUACGAAUGAGAAUGUUACGAAUGAGAAUGUUACGAAUGAAACUGAACAAAUUGAGCAUGAUCCUAUGGAAAAUUCACCUAGUGAGAGUGCGCCAAACGAAGACAUCGACACCAUCAAUCAUAUACUACCCCCAACGAAUGACCUCCGGAUUGAGCGAAAUAUAGAAACACAAAAUGAACUUUUCACAAGCAUGCAGAAUCGAAACGAGGUAGUAAAUGACACACGUAGAAGUAGAAACUCUGUAGAAAACGCCUCUAACCAAGAGGAGUUAGACUACUAUGUUUUAACAAUAAGAGAUCUAAGAAAUACUAAUGUGAAUGAAAGUGAAUAUGAAAAUGAUGAAGGUCUUGAGUUAUCUUUUUAUCAGAGAUGCAUUAUCUGGAAAUUACUAGGAUAUGAAAUAAAGCCAAUUUUGGAAGAAUACAAUUUGAAUAAAGCUAUUAGGAUAAUUUUAUUUAUAUUCAUGCUCUUGGCACUUUUCAGUAUUGAAUUUACUCUAUUAUAUAAUAACUUAUUAAAAGUAAAGACAGAAGAAAAUCAAUUUUUGUUAGUGGAAUCAAAUUAUAACAAACUUUUUGUAAACAAUUUUCUAUUUCAGUUUAAUGAGAAAGAAUUAAAAAAUUGGCAUUUAACAAAUGAUAUUAUAAAGGACGAAAUAACGAAAGGAAAUUAUAUGCUACAUAAUAAUAUGUGUGAAGUAAUUAGCAAAUUAAAUGUAAAUUGUGAUAAUUUAUUAGAAUUCUACAAUAAGAAUAACGAAAUAAAUAAAGAGAAAUUAAUUGAAAAAUCUAUCAAAAUAUACGAUGAAUUAAAAAAGAGAAACAUGUGCAUUUAUAGGGUAAUGGAGUCUUUGUUAGAACCGUGUAAUGAAAUAAGCACAAGAACACUAAAUAAUGGAAAUAAUUAUAUAUUUUUAUUUGUAAUGGAAAAAAAACACCUAAAAAUUAGCAGUUUGUUUUUAAUGUUAACAUUGUUCUUUUUCUGUUUGCGUAUAGCACUCAUAUUAUCAAGAAUCCUUUACGACUUUGUUUUAUUCGUGUGUUUUAAAAAUUAUAGAUUAUCAGUUGAAAGCAAAAGGAAAUAUUUAGCUAAAUAUAUGUGGUCUGUCAGCACAAUACUAUUUCUUGAAGUAAUACUAGGUGAUGGUUGUGUUGUAUGGUGGUUACAUGAUAUUGAUCCAAUUUUUAAUUAUUAUUUUCAAUAUUUUAUAUGGUACAUUUCUCUCUUUUGUCUUUUAUCAUGCAUCACUUAUAAAAUAUUUAGAAAAUGCGCAGAAAGACAUGAUCACAAUAACUGUUCAGCAAUAUCAUAUUCAUUACAAUAUAUACAUGAUUUUCUAUUUGGAAUGAAUAUAGUUUUUGCUUGCAUUUUUAUAGUAUUAAAUAUAAAUAAGGCAAUUGUUAUUACUAUAAUUGUGACAGAUAUUGUUCUUUUUAUUGAUAUUCUAAAUGAUUCCUAUUUGGAACAGAUGCAAUUAACGAAUUUUCAAGAAUUCCCAACAAAUCCACAAAGAAAAAAAAAAAAAUACUACAUAAUUGAAAAUAAAAAAAAAAAAAGAAAAAAGUUUACUUUAAUUCGAAUGAAUGAACAUAUUUAUCAGGAAGUUACAUUGGAGAGUAUCUCAGAAAAACAUGGAAAUAAAAACAAAGGUGAUAAUAUGGAUGUAGAUAAUACAGGAGGUGGUAAAAAGUGGCAUGAAAAAAAGAAUAGAAUAUUUAAUUUGAAGAAUGUGUUUAAUAAGAAAUACUUGAAGAAGAAAAACAUUUUCAAAAAUGUGUCUAAUAGUAGUAAGGAAGCCGAAAACGGAAAUGAAAAUAAUAAUCAUGGUGCUCUUGACCAAAAUAAUAGUUUGGACAACCCAGUCAUAUCAUCAUUAGAAUAUUGUGAAAUUUGUGAUGAGCGUUUUAAAAAUGUAGUAUUAUACCCAUGCAUGCACGGAGGGUUCUGUGAAACCUGCAUAAGAUCCAUGAUAUUUAAUUCUUUGAAACUGAAAGAUUCCUUUCCAAAUUGCCCUCUCUGUCGAGAUGCCAUUAAAAAUGUCUACAAAAUAUCGUACGAGGAUUAUCAGAAAAAAGUCCAGGCUGUUACCAUACUGACCAUCAGAGCGAAGCACUGA